UCAGCCUGAAGGAUGUUUUAGAAGGGUCUCCGAGCGCGCACUUAAAGGUUAAUGCGUUCACUUGAACUCACGACCGCUUCAAGUGGCUUAAAAAUAAUGCAGAAUGAGUAGGUCGAGGUGUUUCAGUGUCUCUCCUGGAGCUUCAGUCUGGCUUUGUUCAGAGUCUCCAGGCAACAACAGCAAACACCAGAGGAACACAGUGAACCGAGAGAUUAUGGAGACUUCGGAUGAGCAGGUGUAUGAAGCUGAGCAGACACAGUCUGUGUGUCAGGAGAAAGCUCUGUGUGAGACGCCGAGCACGAGCAGGACUUCCACUAGAGGCAGCCUUCGCUUCGGGAGCCUCAGCCAUCAUUCCUUCUUCUCCAGACACAAUCCUCAUCCUCACAGAGUCAGACACAUGCAGGGGUUGAAUGGGAAGCCGGUUUGUACGGUGAAUGAUGAUUGGUACGGCUUCACUCCUCUCUGUCCUCAUCCUCUCAUUAAAAGUCAAGUGUCUGGGAGCCGUUCGUCUGCGUUUGUCACACCUGAGAUGGGCUCGGAUCGCUCUGGACCACGAGCAGCACUGAUUUCUGAAAGCUGGCGUGAGGAACUGAAGGAUUUGGCCACUAAAGUCAGUCUUUCAGCGGCGGCUGAGACCCAGCUGGACAAGAGAGAGAAACUGACGGAUGAGGAAGUUCCUCGCAGGAAGACGCAGUAUUCGGCGCAGUCCGGCCGGAUCAUCCCUGCCUCGUCCUGGGGAGGGAAGAAGCGCAGCAGCAGGACUUCACACAAACGAGUCCAGCGAUGGCAGACACAAACCCUGGAGGGAGUCGAGCUCAAGGUGCUGGAGCUUUUGUGUCAGAUCCUGCAGACUGAUUCUCUCUCGACGGUUCAGCACUGGCUUCUGUUGGCGAGUGACAGAGAGAAAGAGCUGGUUCAGGGGUUACUCCAGCAGGCCAUGGCCGACUCCAGCUCUCUGACCCAGCAGACGUCUGGAUCUGAACUUCUGCCUUUGACGUCUGAAGAUCUGCCUGAUCACGUGUUCCUCAGCUCAUCUGUCAGCCGAAGCAAGAGCAUUUCACAUCCCGAAGAGACAUUACAGGACAAUCCAGAGCGGAUCGGAGAGGCAGAAGUUCUCACGCUGUACCCAGAAAACACAUAAUGCCGCUGCUGUCAUGAACAUUAGCUCGUUUAGCAGUUUCAUUAUCAUAAUCAUCAUGAGUAUGUUCAGUUUUAAUUUCUGGUUAAUAAAGAAUAAAACAGG